AUGGAGGGCAGGGCCGGCGGCGGCGGCAGCGGCGACUACAUUACCAGCCUCCUCACCUCGUCGCCGAUGCUCGACUUCGGCGUGCUGGACGGCGCCGUGGCGGCGGGCGGGGACUGCCUGGACAAGUUCUGCGGCGACCCGGGGUUCGCGGAGCGGGCGGCGCGGCUGUCCAGCUUCAACGGCCAGCACUUCGCGCCGGGCCUCUUCGGGAUGCCGCCGCCGGGCGAGUUCGGCGGCUCGCGGGAGGCGUCCUCCGUGUCCGACCCUGCCUCGGCGAUGAAGGACGCCAAUGCCAAGAAGAGGAAGGCGCCCGCGGGCAAAGGCAAGGCCAAGGAGCCUUCCCUCAGCACCUCUUGCCAGGUCGGGGAGCAGAAGGAGGCGGACGGCAAGAGGUGCAGGACGGGCGACGCCGAGAAGAAGGUGAAGCCCAAGGCGGAGCAGGCCGGGAGCGACAGCUCGGUGGAGGACGGCGAGCAGAGGAAGGGCGGCAAGGGGAAGAAUGCCAAGCCGGCGGAGCCCCCCAAGGACUACGUCCAUGUCCGGGCAAGGAGAGGCCAGGCCACUGACAGCCACAGCCUCGCAGAGCGGGUGAGGAGAGAGCGGAUCAGCCAGCGGAUGAAAUUCCUCCAGGACCUCGUUCCAGGAUGCAACAAGGUGAUUGGCAAGGCACUGAUGCUUGAUGAGAUCAUAAACUACGUGCAGUCGCUUCAACGGCAAGUCGAGUUCCUCUCCAUGAAGCUCGCGACCGUGAACCCGCUCGACUUCAGCAACCUGCCCACGCUGCUGCACAAAGACAUGUACGGCCCAUCGGCGAGCUCGGUGUUCUCGCUGGAGAGCUCCAGCUCGGCCUUCCCGUUCAGCGACCAAGGAGACGUCUUCCAGUCCUUCCUGCCCAGCAGCAUGGAGAGCCAGUGCACCCUGAAUCAGCUGGACCUGGCUCUGUCCCAGGCCACCAACGCAGCAGCGCAGUACGCCUUCCAAGAUGGGACGGCCACGGCCAGCACGAACCUGCAGCAGGUGAUCAUUCUUGCCUUCAGAAUUUCGUGGCUCUUCGCGUCGCUUGACGAAAGAAUCGUUAUAGACCUUAUCCUGAUACAGUUUAGUUUUGUGUUGCGUCUGUCAGCAGAGGAAUUUCUGGGAGGACGAUCUCCAGAGCGUUUUUCAUGUGGACACCAACAGGCAGAGCCAGGAUAA